AUGCCUCCCCCUCAAGGCACCAAAAUGGAGCACUCGGGGUCAAAGGGCGUGGGUUUGGAGGAGUGGGGGAGGUUCUUCAUCUCCCCAAAGCAGACGGGGACUGUGGGCCCCAGGGGCCCCAGUCCCGGGGGAGAGGAAAGCACUGCCCUGGCUGAGGGCGCCCAAGACCCCAAGGGCUGGAGGGGUCUCCGGGUGCAAGAGCAGAGGGGCAGCCUUAGCAGCCGGGGCGCCAGGUUCCCCAGGAGGGGACGCGGCCCUCCGUCCCUGGAGGCGCCACUUGACCUGCGGCUGCGGAACUCGCUCCCUAACAGAGCUCAGCGUCAGCCUGAAUCCGGCUCACGGUCUGGUGGAGGGCGACACCAGAGGGCGACAGUCCCCGGCUGCGGACUCACCACCCUUGCUUCUCCCAGCGGAAUGCCCCGCCUGGCGGGCUCCGGCGGAUGCCCUCCAACUGUCCUGAACCCUCUGAUGAGGAAAGAGGUGGCAGGGGGCUGUUUCAGUACAACUGUCAACAAUGAAUCCAGCCUAACUUCCAGUGAACCCACUACAGCCACCACUGGAUCCAGUGCAACCUCCAGUGAGACUAGUAUAGCCGCGAACACUGCACCCAGCACAACCCAUGGUAGUCCUACCACAGCCACUAAUGCUGGAUCCCAAGAGACCUCCAGUGGAUCCAGCACAACCUCCAGUACUGAACCCACCAUGACCUCUGAAGGAUCCAGCACAACCUCUGACACUGGAUCCAGUGUGACCUCUAGAGGGUCCAGCACAACCUCCAGUACUGGAUCCAGCACAACUUCUGGAGGGUCCAGCACAACCUCUGAUACUGGAUCUAGCGUGACCUCUGGAGGGGCCAGCACAACCUCCAGUACUAGAUCCAGCAUGACUUCUGGAGGGGCCAGCACAACCUCUGACACUGGAUCCAGUGUGACUUCUGGAGGGGCCAGCACAACCUCUGACACUGGAUCCAAUGUGACCUCUGGAGGGGCCAGCACAACCUCUGACACUGGAUCCAGUGUGACCUCUGGAGGGGCCAGCACAACCUCUGACACUGGAUCCAGUGUGACCUCUGGAGGGGCCAGCACAACCUCUAGUACUGGAUCCAGCAUGACCUCUGGAGGGUCCAGCACAACCUCUAGUACUGGAUCCAGCAUGACCUCUGGAGGGUCCAGCACAACCUCUAGUACUGGAUCCAGCAUGACCUCUGGAGGGUCCAGCACAACCUCUAGUACUGGAUCCAGCAUGACCUCUGGAGGGUCCAGCACAACCUCUAGUACUGGAUCCAGCAUGACCUCUGGAGGGUCCAACACAACCUCUAGUACUGGAUCCAGCAUGACCUCUGGAGGGGCCAGCACAACCUCUAGUACUGGAUCCAGCAUGACCUCUGGAGGGUCCAACACAACCUCUAGUACUGGAUCCAGCAUGACCUCUGGAGGGGCCAGCACAACCUCUGAUACUGGGUCCAGCACAGCCUCCAGUGGGACCAGCACGGCCUCCAAAACUGGAUCCAGUGCAACCACGGGAGGCUCUGAUACCUCUUUUCCAACUGGAACACAAACAACUCCUGGCAAAAGUAGCACAAGUGCUGGAACUCCAGCGGAGGAAGUGAAGCCCAGUGGGUCCCUGAAGCCGUGGGAAAUCUUCCUCAUCACUCUGGUCUCAGUUGUAGUGGUCGUGGGAUUCUUUGCUGGGCUCUUCUUCUGCGUGAGAAACUCCCUGUCCCUGAGAAAUGUCCUUGACACAGCUGUCUACCGCCCCCAUGGCCCCAACCUCGGCCGGGGCCCUGGAGGGAAUCACGGAGCCCAUCACAGGCCUAGGCGGAGCCCUGCCAGGUCCUGGAACAGACCCAUAUCCUCAGUAACCAUGGAGAUGAACGAAAGUCACAGUGGGUUCUGAGAGGCUGCUGAAGCCAUGGAGCCACAUUCCUCAGAGAGAA